AUGUUCGCAUUGACCAUCGCGCUUUCCCUCGCACUACCGGCUCUGGUCUCGGCCGAGCUCACCUUCGCCAACUCUCAGGUCAAGACCCUCGACGCGAGAGGGUUCCGGAGGGCCGUAGAGCCAAACGCUACGAGUCUCAUCGCUUUCAUGUCCCCGGUGUGCCCGACGUGCGAACGCAUCAGCUUCGAGCUUAGCAAGGCGGCGUUGGGUCUUUAUCCUCACAUCCCGGUGUACGCUGUAGACUGUGAAGAGGGCCCGAACAGGCAACUAUGCGUAGAGCAGGGCGCGUUUGAGCUUCCCACUGUCAAGCUGUUCCAGCGCGGUUCAUCAAUGCCUCCAAAGCUGUACGACCUUCCUCAGGAGAUGUCCGGAAGCGCGUUCUUCUAUUGGGCCGAGCGCAAUGUCCCGCAUGAGAACAGGAAGUUCUAUCAUAUUGACGACAUCAAGUCCUGGAUCGCAGAUCCAGAGGAGGGCAGGAGGCCGCGCGUACUGCUCCUCACGAGGGCGAAGACCGUUCCUCUUGUUUGGCAAGUAGUUGCAAACAAAUACCGCGACGACUUCAAGUUCGCGAGUCACCGUGAUCGUAAGGGGAGGUCGUCCGUCGCGAUGGGUUUCGAGGCUGGUGGCGACAAGGACUCGAAGAUCUUGUACUACCCUCCGGGAUCGACGAUGCCCAUCAGGUUCCAAGGUAUCCUAAAGACGGAUCAGAUCUCCAGGUUCCUCGACUCCAUCAUCGACGGUACCGUGGAUCUUACCACAGUCAACGCCGAGGCCGCCGCUGCCGCAGAAGAGUACGAGCCCUCAGAGGAGGAGGAAGAGAUUGUGCGACAGCAGGAGGCUCAGCGUAUCGCGCUGGCGCAUGGCGGUUUCGAAGACCUCAUCGACUUCGAGGAGGCGAUCAAGCAAUACGGCCCGAACUUCCACGGCGCGCACGGUGCCGGAGCACAUAUGCUGGGCGACAUGCCGAAGAAGAAGAAGGCCGCGGAGAGCGCAGAGGCGAAGGAGAAGAAGGAGGACCCGAUUCACCGCAUUCUCAAAGCCCAAGCUGAGCGCGAGGCGCGCUUGCGGACCGAGAAGCCCUCUCCCAUGCCUAACACGGCUAACCCCGAACCCACGGAGACGUCGUCAGUGGACGCGGCCACGGAGUUCGUUGGAGCUACGCCAACGCCGGCGUCAGUGAAGUCCGCUCCCCUACCAGUAGAUAUAGAGUCUGCGCCCAAGCAUGAGGAACUCUAG